AUGAAAAUCGCAACAGGUAGACAUUAUCUUAUCAGAGAUUUUUACGCUCUACUUCACAAUCAUUCGACUGAGAUAAAAAGAAUCCACAUACCGGCUCCAGAACCACAACCCUGCAAGUCAGAUUGUGAAUCAAAUGCGUUUUCAAACGCUCUUCAACUGCUCGAUGAAAUGUCUAGACGAGAUGUUGUAUCAUUGACAGCUUUGAUUGGCAACUUCGCUAGACAAAACCAGCAUAAAGAAGCAAUAACUUGGUUCUCAACAAUGCUUCAUUUGAAUAUCCGACCGAAUGAGUACACUUUUGGUACUGUAACUCGUUCAUGUGUUCUUUUAAAAGAUCUCCACUUAGGCCAGCAGUUUCACGCUUUCGCGAAAAAAAUUGGUCUUAAUUCCAAUGUCUUUGUGGGUAGUGCAAUGUUAGAUCUCUACGUAAAGUUAAGUAAUGUUGGGGAUGCUGAAAAGGCAUUUAAGGAUACGUAUGAACCAAAUGUGGUUUCUUACACAACUUUGAUUCGUGGUUAUAUUAGAGAAAGGCGGUUAGAAGAAGCUAUUCGGAUCUUUUGGUCGAUGCCUGAGAGAAAUGUUGUUUCUUGGAAUAAUAUGAUCAGUGGGUGUAGCCAAAUAGGAUAUAAUGAAGAAGCAGUAAAUUUCUUUGUUGAGAUGUUGAGAGAAGGUGUCAUGCCUAGUGAUUGUACCUUUCCUUGUGCCAUGAUUGCAGCAGCUAACAUUGGAGCACUCGGCAUGGGGAUGAGUUUUCAUGCUUGUGCAGUAAAAUUCUUUGGAGGGGUUGGAGACAAGAGACAUGGAGAAAGGGAUGAAAUUUACAGGGUUUUGAAUUUUAUCAUUGAACUCGUCAUGGAUAGGCAAGAUACGUCUCUUGCAGAAUUUUGA